UUACAGACACACGCCUCCAAGGCAGAAGGCGAUAUUCACUUAAACACCGACCUCUACACAACUGGCUCUUCAGGUAUGUUACAUUAAGCUUAAGGAACAAGAACAGCUCAUAUUCUGCUCACUGGAUCGAGAGGAAAUCUGCUCGGGGGAUCGGAUAACCCCUUUAACCCCGUUAGUCGUUCCUCUCUACACACAUCGGCACAUCAGCAGGUCUUAACAGGUCUUGAAUCACUCAGGAUCAUCAUAAAGUUCAGCAUCCAACAAUUGCACAUCUCCAUGGCUAACUAACGGAAAGAUCUUCAUUCUGACUAGUGAUCGCAGAAUUCGAGCGUGUCUUCUGUCACGUGACUUUUUUCGUACAUUGUAACCCUUAUUCUGAAAACCAUGAAUCUCUCGUUGAACAACCCUUAUGGCGAUGUCAGCAUUCCCAGAGCCAAGCUGCGCUCAUAUGACGACUCUAGCACGAUCAUCAUUAACCCCAUGGCGCUGGAGAGCUCGUACAAUGGGAGCGUUUCCCAUAACCCGUAUGGCAGUUUCAAAGUCCCGGGAGGAGACGGCGUGUCCGGUGUGCCUGUUUAUGGACAGUCUAAAGACACCAACCGGAACGGCACCUACACCGUAAAGGAGGAUGAGGAGCAAGUGAGCCGCUGCUACGCUUGCUGCUGCCGCUGUCGCAGGAAGAAGUGAGAACAUGUGGAGGAAGCCAAAGACUUUGAUUUGCAUUUGAAAGUAUAACAGAGUACAAAUUGCCUUCUAAACUGGAGCUGCUAGUUGAACUACUGACAACCAGGAACGUGUAUUUUCCCAAGAGCCUGUGGAAAAGUGGAUAUUUGAUAAAGACUGCAUUAUUAAAAGAUGGUUUAGGGUUGGAAACAGAGCAGUGUUAACACUAUAUUAUGUAUAUUCCAGCGGUCUUAGCAUUGAAGUUUUUGCUGGAUCUGAUGCUUUUGCUGUGUAACGAACAAGUAUGAUGUCAUCUCUAGAAUAAGUUAUUUUCAUCCCCAAUUAGUAAAGUCAUUCUGCCUCUUGGAUCAAUUCCAAAGUGCUUGAUGACAAGCAGUAUUUAAAUUCAUAGGCUUUGCUACACUAUUCAUGACAGUGCUUAGGGAUCCCUCAGGGCUCGACACUGAGACCACUUGUCUUGAUCUUUAAGCUUCUUUGUAUACUGGCAAACGAGGAAGCCCAAGUUUCAGGUGAACCACACCUUGGUAGAGAGCGCAUUUUUUCCACAGAGUCUCACCCACAUGAUGGAUUACAGACAAGUGGAGAUCCAACAAUGCAUUUCUGGUUAAGGAUAAAGAUUGGGAAUAGACACUUCCUCACACAUAAGCGUUUAAAGUUGUGUACCAAAACUGUGAGCAUCCAGUUUUUUUCCUUUUUUGAAAAUGUUCAUAUAGAGUAAGUCAGUGUCUGGAAUCCUGAUAAAUAUUCAGGACUGAAGAUUCUGUUUUAGAUAACUAAGUUAAAAAUUUAAGCAAAUUCAUGAAAUUGAACAUGAUAAAUACUUUGUGUAAAAAAUAUAUUUUUUAGUCCCGUCCUUCGAAGCAUGCCUUCAGUCAAUGCUGCAAUGGAUUUAAUCAUCAGAUUUAAUGUAAAAGUGUGAAAUUCUAAAAGAUUCUACUUUCCGUUCAAAUUUUUUUACCAACGAUCUUAUUAAAAUUUUAAUGGAAUUUUAAAAUGAGGAAAGAAAAACAUUUGCACUAGUGCUCUCAAACUUCUAGACCACCCUGUAUGUUAAAGUGAAACAUUAUUAAGGUACUGUGACACGGAAGAAGGAAGGCAACUUCUCAGCAGUAAGAGGAAAUAACCAAUAACAGGUACACCAGAACUAUAAAUAUGUAAAAGGAACAAAACAAUUUUUAAAUUCCUAUUAAUUUGAUAAUAUCUUAGUUCCAACCAUGUUUAUUGUCAGCACCUAAUUACAGUGCUAUUAAUUAAGUUACUAGCACUGUACACCAACAACAUUAUUAUUUUAAAUAUACUGUAGCUUGAAUGAAGGAUUUUCAGAGUGAAUGUGCAUAUAAUCUUGGGUAAAGUCCUUAUAUUUAAUUGUUAGUCCAUUACAUUGGUGGGCUAGCUAACCCAAUUCUCUCUAAAAAUGCUUUUUUAAAUAAUACAUAUUUCAUAUAGUUUAUAAUUUGACAAUAAUAUAUAAUUUUUCAAACUUCCUAAAUAUCUUCAUAUCAUGCUGUAAAUAUCAUGUUACAUAAAAAAAAUAUUUUUAAAGCCUGCUGAUCCACAUGUAUUAAAGGGACGAUUGAUGAACCUG